AUGGCAUCAGCACGUGCACUUAUUGUCUCUUAUUUCGCAUUCAACAAGGUGCAAUUUGUUUGUUUAGAUAAUUUCAGAGUGAAAAGACUAAACAACGAGAGGAUGAUUCUUCGCUUGAAACUUUUCACCCUAAUUUCGUCUCAAAUUGCUGGGCACAAGAAGCAUCAUAAACCAACCGAAGCAUAUCAGAGAAAUGUGUUGAAAGGCAAAUUGAAUCAGGGACAUGAUAACAACAUUCUUCCUUACGCAUCUCGUUCUUCCUUCUCAACAACGAAACGACGAGGGAUAAAAGAGAACAAAAAAGUGCUUCCUGAUUAUGGGAAAUUUGACACCGAAAUAAAAGUUUUAUGUGUGUUGUGUAAAUAUGUGAAGCACCCGUAG